GUGUCGCUCUCUCUCAAGUCUCGGCAUAUACAUUUCCUCUCGGAAAAGAGCAGGGCACUCUGUUUCCCUCUCUCACACACACACUCGGAAUCUGCGUUCUAUCGUCUUCCAACAGGGAUUAGAACAGGACAAUAUGCAGAGGGGAAGAGAGGGUCGAGAUGACUUCUUCCAUUCAGGUGACCUGUUGGGUAGUUUUAGGGGUUUUGGUGAUGUUAGAAGAUCCCAUAGAAGUAUGAUGCCUAGCCUUUUUGGAGAAAGGGAUCCAUUUGAUGAUCCCUUUUUCACUCGCCCAUUUGGAAGCUUGUUUGAUUCUGGCAGUGGCAUGUUUGGUUCAACUGCUGCAACCAGUAAGCAGGAUCAGACCAGUAGAGCAACAGGAAUAGUAAUAGAAGAACUAACCUCUGAUGGUGAGAGACUGAAUGAGGAAGAUGAAGGCACUGGGGUUGAGAAGGAUAAUCAUCAAAAGCAUUCUCAGUCAAUCAAAGAACCAUCUGUUGAGCAUCCGGACGAUGAAACCGAUGAGACGAAGAGCAAGAGUGUGGUUUGUGGGAAUGACCGUAACAAGGUUGAAGGGGAACAUUCCCAGGCUAGCAGAGUCGGUGUUCAGACUUGUAGAGUCACAUAUGGUGGUGUUAAUGGAGCAUAUUACACAUCUACGAGAACCACAAGGGCUGGCACUGAUGGAGUGAUGCUUGAGGAGACUAAAGAAGCAGAUAGAACAACAGGUCAAGCGAAACAUAGAAUCUCUAGAGGGAUUCAUGACAAGGGUCACUCGGUUACAAGGAAGCUCAAUUCAGAUGGUAAGAUGGAUACUUUGCAAACUUUACACAAUCUAAAUAAAGAUGAGCUUGCUGGUUUUGAAGAAGCUUGGAAAGGUAAUGCUAAAGGAAAUUUGCCGGGCCAGGAAGAUGGAUUUCAUAUGCAUGGCAAUGCAGGUUCUAGUAGCAGUAAACAGGAGAAGGCAGGUUGGGGAGGUUGGGCCCUCCCAUCUGUAGAGCAGCUCUGGAAAGCUGGAGGAACGAAACCAGACAGUGAAGCCAGAAACAAUUUUUCUGCUGGGGGAACCAAAAAGGUGGUCAGAAUCAAUAUAGAAUGAAUUAUAGUGUUGGAGUAUUUUACCUGUGUUAUUAGUAGGUGAUCAAAGAACUUGGUGUUUGUGUCUUUGGGAAGGAUAGCGUGCUCAAAAGUACUUUUGUUGCAAGUUUUAUUUUGAAGUUGCAAAAUCUCUAACUGUUUGAAUACACAAUCUUCUUCAAAAAAGCUAUCAUAUUUCUGUUCUGGGUUUA